UCGAGCGCUGAGUUUCAGCCAUUUCAUUGGCUGCCGCACAAAAACGCCUUAAAAAUGGAUUUCUUUAACCACACAAGUAAUACCAAAAUUAGUUUCCCAAUAUCUUCUUGUGUGCAUAAAAAGUGGGAAACUGGGCAUUUUCUACAGGGUGGAUAGCAAGCAUUAUAUGUGAAUUAAAUUAGAAAAAUAAACCACAAUCACUUACAUUCAGGAAAUUUCAUCAGUGCAUCAGAUACAGUGCUUAAUGAGUACUACAGCAACAGCUAAUUUAAUGUUAACUUUCCAUUAAUAAUCUUUUUAAAGUUAUCUUUUGAUUCAUAAACCGCUCUGACUCUUUAGAACAAUUACUUUAUUAUUAUUAUUAUUAUUAUUAUUAUUAAUAAUAAUAAUAAUAAUAAUAAUAAUGAACAUUUUGGUUUACAAAUUAGUUGAUACACCUGAGUUUCCUCCAAAAAAUGAGAUCAUCUUCUUCUUUUUCACAUCAAAAGAGCAUCAUAGUGUAAGAUGUCCUUUGUAAGAAUAUACCAUUUAUUUUCUCUACUUACUAAAACAGGAUCAAUGUUACAGCAAGGUCAAUGGCUUCUUUCCUGUUUGAUAUUUAUUUAAAGAGUAUUUCAGGCAUACAAUUUGGUAACAAAAAGGACUUGUUACAGGCAGAGGCAACCACACUGACACCACCGACAUAUUGUUCGAAUUUAUUUUUCCUUAUUUGUUAACUAUUUUUCCUUUCAUGGUUUUCAAAAUGUGUUACAGGAAACAUAUUUCAUGUUACAGAAUAAUAUAAUGGAGAUAUUAACAUUAAUAAUCCUACCAAAAGCUGAAAAAGCAGCUGCUUUUUGAUUCCAUGCAUCUUCAAAAAAAAAAAAAAAAAUGGAGAUGUCCCCAUAUAUCUGACAGUUUUGACCUUGUGGGGAUAUUUGGUAUCACAUUAAUUAUCUGCAUUAAGAAAUAUGUCAAGUAAUGAUCCACAAGGAUAGUGAGAUAAACCGUAGAAACGAUGAAACACUAGAACAGGUUGCAUUUUUAGGAAUGCAAAUACAACUUUCCUCUCCUACAUGUAUUAAUUGUUUUGGACACAACUUCACUAACUAGUUACACUUUUCAAAUGUCAAAGGCCAAGUCUUGACUUUCCUACAUAGCAAAUUUUGUCUGAUUUCCCUAAAUUCUAGAUGUAAACUACCACCUUUUUAAAUACUGUAACAUUUUUGUGGAUUAAUAUAAAGGUUCAGAAUGUGUAAAAGUCUGUAUGUGUGAUCUGAAAGGAUUUUUAAGUAAUGUAUAAUUCAGUUGAACUAUAAUUCACUUCAAUAUACACAGCAGUACAGUUGAAACAAAUGUUUGUAUACAUCUGAUGUAGGCUGAAAGAAUGGCUCAAAACAAUCAUCUUCAAUAUCCAGUUUAUCCUUGUCAAGAGAGAAUUGGCCCUGUGACAAGACAAGUCUGUUGCAUAUGUUCCAGGACUUUGUGCAAUGUCCCCAUCAUUUAUUUCAAUAGAUUUUUGUCUUAGAAUUCUAUUUAUAUAAGAAUAAUACAGUUAUAUGCUCUAAAAAAACAUUUUACACUUUCAUUUGGAUAUCAUACACUGGCUAAGAUCUAAGAUCUAACACGCGGUAAUUUGAUCAGGUUGGAUUAAUAAAGCCAAGAGGUUCCCUGCUGUGAACUGAGACACUAAGUCUGACGCCAUAGAAAAUAUCCGAAGUUGUCCCUCUAAUGGAUCAAAUCAAGAUCCAAACCAUGAUCCCUUGUAAUCCAGAGCAAAACAGUCUGGCUUUAAAUAGCGGGUGUGAUUAUGUCAGGCAGUUUACUGAAGCUGAGCAGCUGAGCAAAGAAUCCUUUCUCAAGAUGGGCAACAGUAAAAGUGGUGCUCUUUCUAAAGAACUACUGGAGGACCUGAAGUCCAACACUACAUACACUGAAGAGCAGCUUUACGCUUGGUAUCAAGCCUUUCUGAAAGAAUGCCCAAGUGGAUGCAUCAGCAGGGAGCAGUUUGAAAGCAUUUACGCCAGGUUCUUUCCCGAUGCGAACCCCAAGGCCUACGCUCAGCACGUGUUUCGAAGUUUCGACUCGGAUAGUAAUGGCACACUCGAUUUUAAAGAGUAUAUUGUGGCACUGCAUCUCACCUCCUCUGGAAAGACCAUCGAGAAGCUCGAGUGGGCCUUCUCUUUGUACGAUGUUGAUAAGAACGGCAGCAUAACAAAAAAUGAGAUCAAUGAAAUUGUCAAGUCAAUAUUUAACAUGAUCUCCCAAGAGGACCAGAAGAACCUCCCAGAAGAUGAAAACACACCAGAAAAAAGAACAGAAAAAAUCUGGGACUUUUUUGGGAAAAGAGAAAAGGAUAAAAUUACAGAAGGAGAGUUCAUCAAGGGAGUGAUGGACAAUAAGAACAUCCUCAGACUGAUCCAGUUUGAUGAGCCUCAGAAGAUUCAGAACCGAAUGAAACAAAAGAAGCAAUGAUGUUUGCACUGUUGCCUGCUCAAGUUAUCAAAUUUUCACCUUUUAAUUGUUGGAUAUUUUUUUCUAUCCAUUACUUAUGACAAGAGACAACAUUUCUUUGUCUAAUAAUUAGAUUUAGCCACACUGAAAUGUAUGAAAUAUCAUGUUUAUUAUGUCAAUCCAAAUCAUUUUUUAACAACAUUUAUAAGAACAGACGCAAAAUUGUAGAUAAAUACAGAUGAUUGGAACAAUUAUACACUAUACAAAUAAUAAUAAUAAUAAAAAAACAUUCUAAGUGGCUCAAU